AUGGAAUCGAUUAUUGGUAGACACAGUCGGGAUGAAUCCUUGUCGCGUUCUUCUAUCGCUACUCCCACUGUCCUUGAUGACCAAGAGGAAAAUAGUGAACGCCCAUUUUCAUAUGUGCAGUCGUUAAGAAGAGCAAGGGCUACCGUAUGGAGUGACCAAGGUCGUGCAAAGCCCUUGCAGUCUGCCUCUUCCUGGAAAAGCUCCUCUCAGAAUGGCAAAAAGGAUACCAGUAAAGGAUUGGGAGGCAUGCGGUCUAGAGUCUUUUCUAGUCAGCAUCAUGGCGUAUACCAUACUCGUCCAGCUUCUCUAAAAUCUCGAACAAUGGCCCCUCAACAUACCAUCCUAACACCACGACUUUCUGCAACUGAAGGUAAAGACGAAGACGAAGACGACCUAGCAAUUUCCACGUCUAAUACUACCCCUACUUAUAUGUCUAUGAUUAAUUCGUCCCGUGCUAGCUCUACGCGCAGUGGCAAUGCUCCAUCUGCACCUUCUAUCAUGGGCAUGUCCAUCCAUUCUCAAGCCGAUACUACUCAUUCUGAAGGAUAUGAGUCCAGGAGUGGCUCACCAACUCAUGACAUUCAAUCUUACCUCGUCAAUCGCAGUAGUAGUGAAGAAGAUUCUGAUUGGGAUAGUGGCGAAGAAGGCGUAAAGCGUCUGGUUAUUACCAACGCAGCUAAUGAAUCUGAAUUGGACAGUGACUAG